GUUUAACGGCCGCAGUACGCUGUGGCUCCGCCCCCGGCUUCCAUGUCUGGAGUGGAGGGACGGCGCUGCGUCCUCGCCUUUCCGUGUACACAUUUUAGUAAAUAAACCGGGAACCGGGACCAGUACCUGGAGGAAGCGGGUCUGACGGAAGUUCCUGAUCAUCGUAGUGUGCUGUUUGAGUACUGUCUGGAACUCCAGCUUGCACUUUAUCCCCCAUUUUAACUUUACUGAGCGGCGUUUUCCGCCGUUUUUUUUUUUCUCUCUGCCGCCCCGCGCACUCUAACGUUACCCCCCCGCGUGAGAGUCGGGGCCUGCAGCGUUGGUUUGGCCACGAGGAACGUCGGUACAGCCGGAACAGGGCGAUGGCAGAGUUCGGUAACGGACUGGCGGAGGAAUCCCUACUAGAUUCGGACCCCGGACAUCCUGAGCUGGAAGACCCGGGUGUCGGUGACGAAGAACCGGGGUUAGAAGAGGGAGAGGCCGCGAUCGAAGACCCGGAGCUGGAGGCAAUCAAAGCUCGGGUCAGAGAGAUGGAGGAAGAGGCAGAGAAGCUGAAGGAGCUGCAGAACGAGGUGGAAAAACAGAUGAAUCUCAGCCCCCCACCAGUUGGCCCCGUCAUCAUGUCUAUCGAGGAGAAGAUGGAAGCAGAUGGCAGAUCUAUUUAUGUUGGGAAUGUGGACUACGGUGCCACGGCAGAAGAGCUUGAGGCUCAUUUUCAUGGCUGUGGUUCAGUAAACAGAGUCACCAUCCUGUGUGACAAAUACACCGGGCAUCCUAAGGGGUUUGCCUAUAUUGAGUUUGCAGACAAAGAAUCUGUUAGGACAGCCAUGGCUUUGGACGAGUCCCUUUUCAGAGGAAGGCAGAUAAAGGUGGGCGCUAAGAGAACAAACAGACCAGGUAUCAGCACCACAGACCGCGGCUUUCCACGGGCUCGCUUCCGAUCACGGGGAGGAAGCUUCUCAUCGCGUGCACGCUACUACAGUGGCUACACACCACCCAGAGGCAGAGGACGGGCCUUCAGACUGAGAAAGGAGGUGUGGUGCCAGACACGUUGAUCAGCACGCCAGCUUCCUCACACUUGCACCGAGAUGUGACACUGAGAGAUUCUGAUUUGAUCGUCAUCUGGAUCCUUCAGGCCUUGGCUCUUGUUUAAUACUUUAAUGUUCAACAAAGAACAUUUUCAGGAGAAGAAUGCUGCAACAGUUAUUUUGGAAAUAGUCUAAAAACCAUCAUGCAGCGGUCUUUAUUUCAUUAAUAAACAGUUUGCCAAGUUGCUCUGAUAAGCCCCCGUUUAGUCAGUUUUAUCUGGUGUUUUUCGUCAUUUGUGCCCUUACUCUUGACUGGAGUAAUUGUGCAGUGAAGUCGCAGUUCAGCAAGUAUGCCUUUAAACAACCACAGGGAAGGGUUACAUCUCUGUUCAUUCCUUUGUGUGGGAAAGUGUCUGAAGCUCAAGGUCAGAAUCUCUCUAAUCGCUCUGUGUACUCCCUCACAUACCAAGAAACCCUAACCCUGCCAGUUCACUCACUGGGAUCUGGACCGAGCUGCAGGACAAGGCACAAAGACGAUUUAAUAUUAAAUCAAGUCUCCAGGAGCAGAAAGUACUCAUACUAAUGGACAGUUUACUUGCUGAAAGACUUAUUAAACCAUAGGUAUUAUUGGCAUUUGAGUUUGAGAAGCUUGGUAGUUUGUAUGCUCAUGUAAGACAUAUUGUGCUUGCUGAACUUAAGUUCUGUCUGUCUGAUUUGCAGUUAAAUGAUAAUGAAAGUAAGAUUUGACACCCCACCCUGCAGAACAGCAAAAAAAGUACAUUAACCUCAAAAAUGUGCGCUAAAAACGCACAAAUCAUCCGUUAUAAAGGUUUUGAAUACCGCAUGUUGUUUACACAGUGGCAUCAGUCAAAUUGAACCUGGCAGUUCCAGGAUCCUGAACUUAUUUUUGUUGUUGCCAUUAGUAAUUGGACGGUAACGAUUGUACUCCUAAUGAAAACCGCCCUCUAGGGUAUUACUGAUAACUACAUAGUGUAUCUUCCCACUCUCUAACAACACUGGUUAAUACACAAUCAUCAGCCACAGAGAAUAGCAUGCAGAGAAGCAUAGUCCUUCACUUGAACUGGCCUUGAUCAUUUGCAGAGGAGAGCUGUCUGGUUGUUACAUCAGGAACAUUGAAGACUGAGCUGCACUUGAACAGAAUCAGGCCCUGAUCUGAACCUAAUAACACUUCUCACUGGUGCCUUGUCCUGUUGUGGGAACACAUCCAUAGUGAGCAAAAACAGUCUGUUCAAAAUCUUUGCAUUGACCUGUUGUGAGCUUGGGAGGAUUUCCAUGCUUGGCUCUGAUUCUGCACUCACAGUCCAAGUGAUAUGUUUGAUUAAAGUAUCAGAGUGUUGAUUGGCUUUGUUUUGUAAGAUGUUAACAGUGUUUUCUGUGCAGGCUAAAGGAGAGCCUCAUCUGCCAGAGUUUGAUAGGACUACACAGAAAAUAGUGGUAUUUGUCUAGCACCUCAGAUCCUUGCAGCCUCUCUUACGAAACCGGCCUCUGGCUGCAGAAAAUCUGUUCUCUGCUUUCACAUCCAUUGACAUCGUUGUUGAUCUUCCCAAGUUGGCACGGUGAAAAGGAAAGAUUUUAAUGUGAGCCACAAGACGCACAGACUGUGCUUGUGAUGUGGAAGAAGCCUUUUUGUUUUUCCUGUGCAUUUGUGGAGUGUGUGUCUUUGCAUGUACAUUACCCUACACAUACACACACACUCCUACUCAGAUUUACCUUUACAGCGUUCACUCCCAGAAACGAGGGUUCAUUACUGCAGCCUGACCUCAGCAUCUAGCCUGCCGGCCACUGGUUUCAGUCCCAGUGUGACCUGUUUGUUUACCACUGGAUGGUGUGUGUGGGCUUGUUUUACUGUGUUCAUGGGGGCCGAAAGCCGGGAGCGCACUAUACUUGUGAGGUGCAACAGCUUUGUGGGGACCAAAAUGCUGGACCCCACAAGUUUAAAUGGCUGUUUGAGGGUUAGGACUUGGUGUUAAGGCUCAGGUUUAGGUUAGGGUUAGGGGCGAGGGAAUGCAUUAUGUUAAUGACGGAUGUCAAUGACAAAUCCCAAUGAAUAUAGUAAGGUGUGUGUGUGUGUGUGUGUGUGUGUGUGUGUGUGUGUGUGUGUGUGAGAGAGAGAUUGAGAGAGACACACGAGGAUUUGUGGAAGGUGUGCUGCUGCCUGGCUUGUGGAUCUGUUUCAGGUGGUAUUUGAGAGUAUAAAAUGGUGCAUUUGUGAGUCCUGUUGCCCACCUUGUCUGUGUGUGUGUGUGCAUGGCGUCCUGCUGGGGUUUAUGUGUGGUGCUGUUUGUCCUCACGGUGUUUCCCCACAGUGACCCCAGAGGCGGCUCUCGCACAGAGAGACUCAGAGAGAGAGAAAGAGGGAGAGAGAGGGCCUUUGCUGUCCCCUCACCCCCCACACUAAUCAUUUUCUCCUCAUAUCUGGAAACCAAAUACUUUUCCUCUCUUCACAUAGCUGCUGUCAGCGCUGUAGUCUAUUCUUCCACAUUGAUUAGUUGUAACACAAUGAAGGCACAAUACCUUUAAGAUGGUAUGUCUCCAGAGAUUUCCGAACACUGUCCUAAACAGUUAUUCAUUUUGACACCUAUCAGUAUAUUCUGUCCCUUUCAGUUUACCCGUAGGAGAUUUCAGCAGACCCCAGUCUCACUCACACACACACAUCUUUUAUAUUAUCUUAUAUUAUAUUAUAUAUUAUUAUAUUAUAUUACACCAGGAAAUUGGUGUCAUCUUCUUAAGCCAACCAGAAAAAAACUCACCCUCUUUUUCUCUC